AGCCAGAGUCAGAUCAAAGCAAAGACGUUCACGCAGAGUCGGAUCAAAGCUAAAAGAGGCAGCGAGCCAGCCAUCAGAUAUCAUCAUCCUCUUUGAUUUAAAGCAUUUCUUACUGUUUUUAUUUUCUCUGAUAUUUUCUCUCUCUCCAAACAAAGAUGGCCGAUCAGCUGACCGAUGACCAGAUCUCCGAGUUCAAGGAAGCUUUCAGCCUCUUCGAUAAGGACGGCGAUGGCUGCAUUACUACUAAGGAGCUUGGGACUGUGAUGCGUUCAUUGGGCCAAAACCCAACCGAGGCAGAACUCCAGGACAUGAUAAACGAGGUCGAUGCUGAUGGGAAUGGUACCAUCGACUUCCCCGAGUUCCUCAACCUCAUGGCCCGCAAGAUGAAGGAUACUGAUUCUGAGGAGGAGCUCAAGGAAGCUUUCAGAGUUUUUGAUAAGGACCAGAAUGGCUUCAUUUCUGCCGCUGAGCUGCGCCAUGUCAUGACAAAUCUUGGGGAGAAGCUGACAGAUGAGGAGGUUGAUGAGAUGAUCCGUGAGGCUGAUGUGGAUGGUGAUGGUCAGAUCAACUACGAAGAAUUUGUCAAAGUCAUGAUGGCCAAGUGAGGUUUACUCACCCAAAACCCAAAAACCAAAUGCAUAAAAACAAAAAAGAGAAACAGGGCAAAUAAGUUUGAUGAGAAUUCUAUUUCCCAAUUAGGACAUCUUCAUUUGGUGUUAUUAGCUUCAGCUGGGUUGUUUGUUCUGUUGUUUGCAUUAUUUUGUGGCACUUUUCUUUAAUGUCUACUUGCUUGCUCUGUUUCUUGUCCAGUAGCUUGGCUUGUUAGCAUCUUCUCAUUGAUGUUUGGCAUUUUCUUUCUACCUUUGGUUUUCUUUCUACCUUUGGUAUUAUGAACAUAGAACUUUUGGGAGAAUUGGAUGAUUUUGGUUAUGGAUGACUAAUUUUGUUAAUAUUCCAAA